AUGUCGGAGCCGCUAGGCUGGUGCGUGGAGGCGGUGCGGGCUGCGGCCGAGCCGGGGCUGGCCCGGGCGCUGCUGGCGCUGCGGACCCGCCACACCCGGCGGCCGGGAGGCGCCGCUCGGUUCCGGGAGCGGGGCGGGCUGGGGCCGCUGCUGGAGCUGCUGGGGCCCGAGCGGCCCCGCCGCACUCUCGACCUGGCCCUCAGCGUCCUCGGGAACUGCUGCACCGAGCCCGGCUGCCGCCGUCAGGCCCGGCGCCUCGGCGGCGUCCCCCGCCUGGUGGCCCUGCUGUCCUCGCCGGGGCCGGAGAGCGUGCAGAACCGGGUGGCCCGCACCCUCGCCAACCUCGCGCUGGAGCCCGACGGCGCCCAGGACGUCCUCGACGCUGGUGCUGGCCCCCUCCUGGUGUCCCUGGCCGCCUCCUGCGGCACCCCCGAGUGCCUCCACAGUGCCGCCCGUGCCCUCCGCAUUCUGGGGACCGCCCCGGCUCCCCGCCGGGCCCUGGGCCGAGCCGGGGCUGUCCGAGCCUUGGCCUCCCGCCUGGCCUCCCUCUCCCCGGCCCACCCUGCCUGCCCAGCCGUCGCCCGAGCCCUGCGGGGUCUCACCGACAGCCCCGGCCCCUCGGCCGACGACGUGGCCCCCGCUUUGCCCGCCUUAGCCGCCCUGGCCGCCCACACCAAGCGGGACCACCGCCAACCCGCCCUGGGAGCCAUUGCCAACGCCUGCGCCCGUGCCCCGCUCCGACCCGCCCUGGGGGCCGCUGGGGCGGUGGAGGCGGUGACCGAGGAGGUGAGGAGGGCCUUGGCAUCCCCCAAUGUCGCCGGCGCCGCUGUAGCCGUCCGGGCACUCUGUCUGCUGUGUCGGGAGGCCGUCAACCGGGCGCGGGUACGGGCGGCCGGCGGGUUGGGGCUGCUCCUGCACCUCCUGGCUGAGCCCCGCGCCCGGCCCUGGCGUCCCCGUGUCCUCCUGGCUUUGGCCGCCUUUGCCUACGACCAGGAGGCGCUGGCGGCCCUGGAAGCCCGGGGCCUCGUCCCGCUGCUCGCUGACGUCCUGCGGGCCCGGGCCGACGAGGAGGAGGUCCUGGCUCCUCUCCGAAGCUGCCUCACCGCCACCCUCCCCGCCGUCCUCCACCCAGCCGCCGAUGAGCCCAGCCGAACCCUGGCCACUGCCCCUGUCAUUUCGGGGCUCCUCCGCUACCUGACGGGGGUCCCUGCCCCGGCUCCCCGGGCUGCCCGGGUGCUGCAGCGCCUGACAGGGCACCCCGCUUUUUUGGGGGCGCUGGUCCGGGCUUACGUCCCCUCCCUGCUCCACUCCUGGUUGGUCCUCGGCCUCUCCCCGCCCCAGGCCGAGGAGCUUUCGCGACCUGGGGGACGCAGGCGUCCAGCCGCACCCCCGCACCCCCGCCAGGCACGCCUCAAGGAGUUGGGUGAGGGACUCCUGCGCAACCUGAGGGCGGCAGCAGCGGCCCCCUUCGGCGUGGGGCUGCUGACCCACAUGCUGCGCUGCGGGGCCCCCCCGGCCCGCCUGGCCUGCGCCACCGCCCUGCCCCUGCUCGCCAGGUACUGA